UAUUGGCCAUGGCAGGUCCUAACUCCCAGCUGACUGCCGUCGAGAUUGCCGGAAACCUGCCGGAAUGUCGGCAUGAAAAAGCUGCAAUCAUGCUAGAACCCAUAUUGGGAUAUCUUGCUACUCAUUCCCUCCUCACCUGCACUACUAAUUCCUCGUUGAAGCAAUAUGGGCUCACACCAGUAAGCAGGCUCCUAACCAAGAACCAACCUGGGGCAUCUUUAGCUCCUCUUUUUCUUGUGGGCAAUCAAAAGCCUUUAACAGAUACAUGGGAUCAUAUGAAGGAAGCGGUGCAAGAGGGAGUAAAUCCCUUCAAAAAAACUCAUGGCAUAACCUUUUUUGAGUACAUGGCUAAGAACCCAAGUUUUUGUGAGUUAUUUAAUAAAGGCAUGGCAAGCAGUAGCAAUAUGGUGAUAGAAAAGCUUGUUGAAGAGUAUGGUGGUCUAAAGCAAGUAAAAGAGCUCGUCGACGUUGGUGGCGGAGAUGGAACUUUAUUGAAAAUGAUCAUCUCUAAAUAUCCUCAUAUUAAAGGAAUUAACUUUGAUCUACCUCAUGUCGUUUCUGAGGCACCAUCUUUUCCCGGUGUGCAACAUGUUGGAGGGGACAUGUUUAUCACGAUUCCAAGUGGAGGGACUAUUUUAUUAAAGCGGGUUCUUCAUAAUUGGGACGAUGAGAAAUGCCUCAAAAUCUUGAAAAACUGUUGGAGCGCGUUGCCGACUUUUGGAAAAGUGAUUAUUGUGGAACAAAUUCUUCCCGAGAUUAUUGAAGGAAAUGUCGUUGCACAAGACAUUUAUGCCACGAAUUUAAUCAUGAUGACUAUCGGUGAUGCAAAAGAGCGUACUGAGCAAGAGUAUCGGUCGUUAGCUAAAAAAGCAAAUUUCUCUCAAUUCAAAAUUGCAUGCAAAGUAUUAAACCAUCAUGUGCUGGAGUUUGUAAAAUGACAUGCAUGAGCUCAGUUAUGCAUACCUCAAUUUGAACUUUUAAUAAUCUAAUUAAAUAUGGGAUAAUACUUUAAAUA